UAUUUCCAUUUUGGGUGCAGCCUAUAAACUAAAAUAAAACCUGGGCACUGGCAGUGACCUCUGGGUUUUGUGUGAAGUGCUCCAGGUAUUUGACAGCUACAUCUAGUGGCCUGGUGCGUCCUCGUGUUUGUGCUCCGAGCUCACAGGUGUGUUAUUAUUUAUGAAUCUCAGUGUGAGGACGCACCUGCUCCAGCUGGUGGCACAUAUAAAAUGAAUUCACUUCAAUAUUUAACCCGAGGGCUUGAAAUGAGAUCCUUAGCUACAUCUCUUUCAUCAAUUCGAGUACUUUUUCCUGAUUAUUUUGAUCAUUAUUUUUCUCCCAGUACCUUGUGAUCGGGUUGGGGUGUUUUUUUUUUUUUGUUUUUUGUUGGGUUGUUCAAAAAUUCACCAGAAUUACGACCCUCUGCGAGGAAGAAGGAAGGGGAAGUUCGCGCAGACCGAGGGGGGUUUUGACGGCAGCCCGUCCCAGCUGUGCAGCGCACAUAAGCCGCAGCGGCGUCUCCGUCCUCCAGAGGUGACGCCGGAGUCGGGCGAGACGAGCGGACGCCGCCGAGCGCAGCCCCUGUCAUGCGUCAGGCGCACGGGUCCGAAGUAGCGACAGACGUUUCGCACUUGGCGUCGACGAGCCGUUUCCGCGCACAUGGAGUACUGGAGGCAAUGUGCGCUGUGGCUGAUCGGCUGCAACGUGCUGCCCGCGAACCACCGCGUGACUGCGGACACGGCGCAGGUGUUCGACUUGGCGCAAACCCUGCGGGACGGGGUGCUGCUGUGCCAGCUGCUCAACAACCUGAGACCUCACACCAUCAACCUGAAGGAGAUCAACCUCCGGCCACAGAUGUCCCAGUUCCUGUGCCUGAAGAACAUCCGGACCUUCCUGUCGUCCUGCUGCGAGGUGUUCGGGAUGAAGAAGAGCGACUUAUUUGAAUCCUUUGAUCUGUUUGACGUUCGUGACUUUGGGAAGGUCAUGGACACCCUGUCCAAACUCUCGUACACGACCAUCGCACAGCAGGGGGGCUUCAGACCGUUUCCCACAGAGGAGAGCGUAAAAGAUGAAGACAUUUACAACAACCUGGAGGACCUGAUUGACGAGCAGGCGGCCGACGGCGAGGACGACCUGUACGCGGCCGUCUAUGGGAUGGAGGACGACUACGCCGGCGGAGAGAUCUACGAGGACCUGAUGAGGACGGAGCUGCAGCCCCCACUGAAGCAGGCAGAGGUGGACGUUCGGAGCUGCUGCCUCACAGAGAUCAAACAGACGGAGGAGAAGUACACGGAGACGCUGGAGUCCAUCGAGAAGUAUUUCCUGAACCCCCUGAGGAUGUUCUUCUCCGCGGCAGAAAUUGACAAAGUUUUUGUUAAUAUCUCAGAUUUGGUUAAAGUUCACAAAAACCUGAUGGUUGAUGUUCAGGACUCCAUCCUGAACAGAAACGCCUUAAAUCUCUACCAGAUCUUUAUUAACUACAAGGAGAGACUGCUGAUUUAUGGGAUUUACUGCAGUCGGGUCGAGAUCGCCAUCGCUGUGUUAGAUCUCAUUUGCAAAGAGAAGGAGGACGUUCGCCUGAAGCUGGAGGAGUGCUCCAAACGGGCCAACAACGGCAAGUUCACGCUCCGGGAUCUGCUGGUUGUACCGAUGCAGAGAGUCCUCAAGUACCAUCUCCUGCUUCAGGAGCUAGUGAAACACACCCAUGAUGCUUCUGACAAGAGCAACUUGAAGAUCGCUCUCGACGCAAUGAAAGACCUGGCUCAGUAUGUCAACGAGGUGAAGAGAGAUAAUGAGACUCUCAGGGAGAUUGAUCAGUACCAGAGAUCGAUUGAAAACCUGAAUCAACCUUUAAUCACCUUUGGGCGACCGAAGGGAGACGGAGAAGUGCGCAUCAUAUCCAGCGUCGACAAGAGGAAGCAGGACAGACACAUCUUCCUGUUCGACGUGGCUGUGAUUGUCUGCAAGCGGCGCGGAGACAACUACGAGAUGAAGGACAUACUGGACCUCAACUACUUCAAGAUCACCAACAACCCCACCUCCGACAGAGACGCCAAGAAGUGGUGCUACGGUUUCUACGUGACCCACCAGCAGGGCUAUGCCGGCUUUGAACUCUUCUUCAAGACCAGAGAGCUGAAGAAGAAAUGGCUGGAUCAGUUCGAAAUGGCCAUAUCAAAUAUUCGUCCUGAAACAGCCAACCACAACUCCCACCAGUUCAAGAUGCACACGUUUGAAAGGAUCACGUCCUGCAGCUUCUGUCACUUCCUGCUCAGGGGCAUCUUCAACCAGGGCUACCUCUGUCUGAAAUGUGGUCUGGGGGCUCAUAAGGAGUGCCUGGGUCGCCUGGGAGUCUGCGGGAGAACAGAUCCUGCCAAGCCGAAGCCCAAGCAACAGGAAAGCGGUGCGGCUCCAGACCCAGGUUUGCCCAAGGUGGUGGCGAUCAGAGACUGCGGCGGCGACGCCUGCCCCCACGGACCCCCGCUGAGCAUCCGUGCGGGCGACGUCAUCGAGCUGAUGUUCGCCGACGUGGAGAGCUCCUGGUGGCAGGGCAAAGUCCUGGCGACAAGCAAGACUGGCUUCUUUCCAAGUGACGCUGUGAGGCCUUGCCCAUGUGUUCCAAAGCCGGUUGAUUACUCUGCCCAUCUCUGGUUCGCGGGACCGAUGGAGAGAGUCCAGGCUGAGGUGGAGCUCCAGGACCGGGGGAACAGCACCUACCUGGUUCGACACAGGAGCAAAGAGUGCUCCGAAUACGCCAUCAGUAUAAAGUUCAACGAUAAAGUGAGGCACAUUAAAAUUCUGACCAAGGACGGCUGCUUUUACAUCGCAGAGGCCCGGCUCUUCAAGACGGUGCUGGUAAAGGUUUUAACUUUGUCUGUGUGCUGUUGUGUUCCAUUUAGAUCCACCGCUUUCCCCCUCCAUUCGUGUGGUUCUGUUGCUGCUGCUAACGUUAUGCUUCCAGGACUCAGACUUCAUGUGAAGAUGGAAAAUUGCGCUUCGCUGCUGCUCAGACUCGUGGUCGUGUCGAGCUUCCCCCUCAGCAGCCUCCCCACACGCCUUCGCUUUCAUCCCUGUGCAUUUGGACAAGAUGCCGUCCAGAGUUACCCCGACUCACUGAUGUCUCAGGGUCUCUCUUUGCUUUAUUGUGAUUGUUUUACACAGGACUUAGUGGAGUACUACAAGCAGCACUCUCUGAAGGAGGGUUUCAGCAGUCUUGACACCACUCUGCAGGUCCCCUAUAGGGAACUGUCCAAUGGAAACAUGCCCAGGGCUAUUACCAAGGCUGGCAGCGUUCCUCCUGGCGGCUGCAGCUUUGUUCCUCCCUCUUCCUCGCCUUUCUGGUCAGUGUUUUCUCCCAGGGUGGUGGGCGUCGCCGUGGCGCGCUACGACUUCUGCUCCAGGGACACGCGGGAGCUGUCGCUGCUGCAGGGAGACGUGGUGCGCAUCCACACCAGGAUGUCCAGCGGGUGGUGGAAGGGAGAGGUCGGCGGCAGGGUGGGCUGGUUUCCCUCUACCUACGUGGAGGAGGAGGACUGACUGACGCCUACUCGACGCCGGCCGCCUCCACCGAGCUCCUCGUCGGCGCUCUCUGAUAAAACCCGGAGACCUGGACUUGAGAGGGAGCGACGGAGCCCCGAGGAACCUUCUCCCGCCCUCCGACAGGCGCCGGCGCGGAGCAGAUGUCAAAAUCACCGAUUCCGGGAGCGUCGCGGGCGCAUCUCGCCUCUGCGCAGCCCCGUCUGCCCCCGCGGCCGCCGGGAAGGGCAUGUGCUGUUCCCAGAUAACCCCCCCCACCCCCCCCGCUCCUCAGCCAGUCACCUUGUCUUAUUAUUGAUAGCUCCAUCGGCCGGCGGGAGACUCGCCUUCACUGUCAUCAUGUCUCCGUAGCAGGAAGUCUCAGUCACGCGGCUGGAACGCAGGUCCUGCUGACAGGUGGCCCAUUGAAAUGCAGGACACGGGGAGCUUCCAUCGCUGUUGGGACUUUUGUGGUGAACUUUUUGUCUUGGAUUCAUUCUUCUUAUUGUUUUUAUGAUUAUCAUGAUUUUGGAAUACUUCUUUUUUAAAGUUUUAAUUUGCUGGACUUGAUAUGUAAAUGACAUGUGAUACUAGGAGAGCUGUCCUUCACAUUUGAUGGUGAUUCUUCAUGACCAGUGUUUAUUUAAGAGUGUCACCUCAUCCUCCAUUGAUUAAAAAAUAAAGAACCCACGUUCUUUUACUGCC